AUGUCUGAUCAAGCAAAAACCAUGUCCACAAAAAUCCCUGAAUUAACCCCACGUUCAAAGCAAGUGGCUAAGAUAAUGAUUGCCACAGCCAUUGGUGCUGCAUUGCUAGGACUAUCUUCCUUGACCUUAACCGGAACGGUGGUGGCUCUGAUCCUUUCCACCCCACUCCUGGUCAUAUUUAGCCCUGCUAUUGUUCCAGCAGCUAUACUGUUCUUCCUAACCACCGUAGGAUUGUUGUUUUCUAGCGGCUGUGCUGUGGCCGCAAUAGCAGCCCUGACAUGGAUAUACAACUAUGUAGCCGGAAAAAACCCUCCCGGUGCCGACCAACUGGAUUAUGCCAGGAUGAAGAUUGCUAGCACAGCCAGGGAUGUGACAGAGAAGGCUAAAGAAUACGGGCAAUAUGUGCAAGCCAAGUCUUCAGGGGCUAGUCAAUAG